CAUAUUUUGACGGAUUCCUCGGAAAUUGGGUGCGUGUGGCGACUGAUGGCAUCUCGAGAGCGAGGCGCGCAGGCACGUAAAUACAGCUGCGCCAUUGAUUCUUCACCAGUCGUCAGUUCACGUUCAGCAGCCACACAUAAUUCAACAUGCCACCUAAAAGCGACAAGAAGAAGAAAGCCACUGGCAAGGGGGCGCCCGACACUCCAAAUGCCGACACCAAAGAACAGCCUACUACAGAAGGAGGUGUCCGGAAAAGCAGAGGCGGCCAUAAUGAGAAGGGCAACACCGACAAGUCUAAAUAAGGGCCGUGGGCGGUGUCGGCCAGUCAGUUCGCCGACGCCGGGUGUUAGGACGGAGGACCGUGCUGGCUUUCAACACCUGCUGGAGUUGCUGCCGACAGUUGUGGCCUCAACACCUGCUGGAGUAGCGGCUAUUGGUCGUGACUUCAACACCUGUUGCAGUAACUGCUGAUCUUCGGAGCUUCAGCACCUGCUAGAGCAGCGGUUGACCGUGGUGGCUUCGACACUUACUGGAGUGAUGGCUGAAUAUGUCUUGCUUACACACCUGCUGGAGUGAUGGCUGAAUAUGUCUUGCUUACACACCUGCUGGAGUGAUGGCUGAAUAUGUCUUGCUUACACACCUGCUGGAGUGAUGGCUGAAUAUGUCUUGCUUACACACCUGCUGGAGUGAUGGCUGAAUAUGUCUUGCUUACACACCUGCUGGAGUGAUGGCUGAAUAUGUCUGGCUUACACACCUGCUGGAGUGAUGGCUGAAUAUGUCUGCUUAUACACCUGCUGGAGUGAUGGCUGAAUAUGUCUUGCUUACACACCUGCUGGAGUGAUGGCUGAAUAUGUCUUGCCUACACACCUGCUGGAGUGAUGGCUGAAUAUGUCUGGCUUACACACCUGCUGGAGUGAUGGCUGAAUAUGUCUGCUUACACACCUGCUGGAGUGACGGCGCUACUCUUUGUUUUAUAAUAAAUCAAUAAACUGUUAUAGUUGACCACGAGUUCACUUUAAGGAGUCAAAAGUACUGGCUACAAUUUCCACUGUAAGAGGUAAUAUUAUGACUUAAUAUAUUAGUCUUAGUGAUUCCCUCCUCCCUGAAGAUAGGUAGACUGCAUUGUUCUCACUAUUAAGUGACACUUAUGAAAACUUAGAUAUUAAGGUUCGAGCAUUUAAAUAAAAUGCAAAAUUAA